AUGGCGCACGUCGCGGCGUGCUCUGGCGGAGCCGCCGCCAAAACCGGCGCCGGCGGGUACGAGGUGGAGGGGUCGUACCUGCGGCGGCGCUGCACGGUGUACGACGAGCGGUGGCGGGCCGUGGCGGAGGUGCUCCCCAAGGAGGCGGUGGGCUCGGACGUGUUCCGUCUGGUGGUGCAGCCCGGGAUGGAGGUGUCGCUGGCCAUGGCCGUCGUCCUCGCGCUCGACCAGAUGUUCGGCAAGCCGUCCCUGCUCAGGAGCUGGUCCUCCUAG